AUGUGUACCUGUAUGUGUAUGUGCGAGUACGAGCGUAUGCGACGUCUGGAUGCAGACGACGUGUUCUGGUGGCACUGUGGGGACGCACUAGGGACGCGCGCGUCGCCCACCACCUCUAUAUACCCGCGCCACCACCUCCGCUCCAACCUACAACCUACAGACUAUACUCCUCAGACCUCUCACCAAUGCGAGCCUCCCUCUCAUAAACUACUCAACCCGCUAAGUUUGCUUAAAGCCUGGUUUACACGGCCCGUUUCCGGACACCUUUUCCCGUUCCUGGUCCCGACCGCCCUGUCACCUGGUCCCGACCGCCCUGUCACCUGGUCCCGACCGCCCUGUCCCCUGGUCCCGACCGCCCUGUCCCCUGGUCCCGACCGCCCUGUCACCUGGUCCCGACCGCCCUGUCCCCUGGUCCCGACCGCCCUGUCACCUGGUCCCGACCGCCCUGUCCCCUGGUCCCGACCGCCCUGUCACCUGGUCCCGACCGCCCUGUCACCUGGUCCCGACCGCCCUGUCCCCUGGUCCCGACCGCCCUGUCCCCUGGUCCCGACCGCCCUGUCCCCUGGUCCCGACCGCCCUGUCACCUGGUCCCGACCGCCCUGUCACCUGGUCCCGACCGCCCUGUCCCCUGGUCCCGACCGCCCUGUCACCUGA